AUGUAUGAACCAGAAAUAAGAGAUUUUUCACCUGGGGGUAUAAACUCACCAUCAAGAACCGCGGGAUUUGAAUCGGAGGCAUUUCCUAGACUAAGCCAUGAACUCGAGCCUACAAUGUCUACUCAAUCUGCCCCAGACUCCAUGGCGGGACAAUCACCAGUUCGACGUCGCGCAACCCGUUCACGAACCAAUACCUUUCCCACUGUUGAUGUUUCACCAAGUCAACCAGAAUGGCAUCCAGGACAAGAACCUGGUUUGGAUCCAUCUAAACCUUAUGGUGGUCGAACUGCUAGCUUCAACCUACACGAGGAUUGUCAAAUAACUCUUGUGGACUUCAGUCAAGAAAAAAUAGUCAAAAGAGAAUUUAAUAAUGAUGAAUUUGUUCGCUUCAUGGAUAUGGAACAAGAGGAGUGGAUUAAAUGUCGAUGGAUUAAUGUUAAUGGACUCAGUUGGGAUGUUAUACAAGCCAUUGGCAAGAAGAAGAAAUUACACAGAUUGGCAAUUGAGGAUAUGGUCAAUCUCAAUAAUAGGACAAAGGCAGAUUGGUAUACUGACCAUACUUAUGUCGUUUUGACAUUGCAAAAACUCGUCCAUUUACAUCCAGAUAAGGAUAGCGAUUCGGAAAGCGAUAGCGAUGACGAACAAGAUAUAACACUGGAGGCUCCAAGGAAAAGGAAAUGA